GACUGGCCUGCUCCGUUCGGUCCUUGUAAACAGACACGCACAGAGACACACGGAGUCCCGUCCUCGUAGGCAGUCGGGGUCGCCGGAGCGGAGCGGUGGAGGUUUGGAAGGUUUGGUUUCCCGGACCCCGCGGGGAGGCGGGGGAGGAUUCCCGGCCCUCGGGCCUCCUGCUCCUUUUAGCCGUCCUUCUCCGGAUCCGCCUGCGGGACCGGGCCUGCCGCCGUGGGGCCUCGCGGCGGCCAGAAGCCGCUGCGCGUUUGGCUCUCUCCAUCGUCCCGCCCCCCCGGCUGGCCCUCGGACCCAGCCGAGGCCGCCCCCGGGGGCCGACACCGACGCUGAGGCCUCGCUCUCGGAUCCGUGACCCGCCUGAUCUCCCCGUGCUCCGCUCUGUGUGCAGGACUUCACCGUCGCCCUCGCCGGGACCUUCCUCUCCUAAAGGGCGGGACUCCGGGCCGGGCGGAGGAUGAACUGCCGGGCAGAGGUGCUGGAGGUGUCGGUGGAAGGGCGGCAGGUGGAGGAGGCCCUGCUGGCCGUGCUGCACACCGUCCUCCUGCACCGCACCACCGGAAAGUUCCACUACAAGAAGGAGGGCACCUACUCCAUCAGCACCGUGGGCACCCAGGACGUCGACUGCGACUUCAUCGACUUCGCCUACGUGCGCGUCUCCUCCGACGAGCUCGACCGGGCCCUGCGCAAGGUCGUGGGCGAGUUCAAGGACGCCCUGCGGAGCUCGGGCGGCGACGGGAUGGGGCAGGUCUCCCUGGAGUUCUACCAGAAGAAGAAGUCGCGCUGGCCCUUCUCGGACGAGUGCAUCCCGUGGGAGAUGUGGACGGUCAAGGUGCACGUGGUCAGCCUGGCCACGGAGCAGGAGCGGCAGAUCUGCCGCCAGAAGGUGGGCGAGAAGCUCUGCGAGAAGAUCGUCAACGUGGUGGAGGUGAUGAGCCGCCACGACUACCUGCCCAAGAUGCCCACCCAGUCGGAGGUGGACAACGUGUUCGACACGGGCCUGCGAGACGUGCAGCCCUACCUGUACAAGCUCUCCUACCAGAUCACCGACGCGCUGGGCACCUCCGUCACCACCACCGUGCGCCGCCUCAUCAAAGACACCUUGGCCCUCUAGGCGCCCGCGGAGCCCCCGGCCCCCCGCCGGGAUCUGACUCCCCCCUUUUAGCCCCCUUUCGUGGUUUUAAAACGGGAAGGGCCGGACUCGCUUCCUCCUCCGGUCCCCCGGGAGCGCUUUGACCUCCGCCGUGCUCCACGCCCACCACCCAGGUGACCGCUCCGCCCGUUCCCCCGCCUGGAACCCCUUUUGCCCGGCGAAUAAACGUCUCUGCCGUUCCUCUUCCCUCCCCAA